AUAUUUUGGUGAAGUUGGCACUGGGUUGGGGCCUACCCUGGAGUUCUACACCCUUUUAAGUCAUGACCUACAAAAAGCUGGACUGGGUAUGUGGAGGUCAUAUUCUUCAUUUGAUGAAUCUUCAAUGGAAGUCGAUCUGUAUGAACGAAAAGAUGGAAAUGAAACUCUUAAUAGUAUCUCUGGACAGGUUUCAGUUGGGGGUGAUAGAGAUCUUAUCCAGGCACCUCUUGGCUUGUUCCCUCUUCCCUGGCCUCCAAAUGCUGAUGCAUCUGACGGUAGCCCAUUUUUUAAAGUAAUUGAAUAUUUUCUAUUGCUUGGGCGUGUGGUGGCUAAAGCUCUUCAGGAUGGACGGCUUUUGGACCUGCCACUGUCAACAGCCUUUUAUAAGCUUGUGCUUGGUCAGGAGCUUGAUUUGCAUGAUAUUCUUUCUUUUGAUACUGAGCUAGGGAAGACUUUGCAAGGAUUGCAAGCCCUUGUUUCUCGAAAACAAUACCUGGAAUCAAUGGGUGGUUAUGAUCAAGAUGAAGUAGUUGAUUUACGUUUCCAUGGGGUGCCCAUUGAGGAUCUCUGUUUAGAUUUCACCCUUCCUGGCUAUCCUGAUUACAUUCUGAAACCAGGCGAUGACAAUGUAGAUUUGACUAAGUUGGAGGAGUACAUUUUCCUGGUGGUUGAUGCUACUGUCAGGACUGGAAUUAUUAGGCAGAUAGAAGCAUUUAAAUCUGGCUUUAAUCAGGUAUUUGACGUCUCGAGUCUACAAAUAUUUUCUCCAAAUGAGUUGGAUUAUUUGCUUUGUGGCCGUAGAGAGUUUUGGAAGGCUGAGACACUUGUUGAUCACCUAAAAUUUGAUCAUGGUUACACUGCCAAGAGUCCUGCAAUUGUUUAUUUACUCGAGUUAAUGGGUGAAUUUACCCCAGACCAGCAGCGGUUGUUCUGUCAAUUUGUUACUGGUGCACCUCGUCUUCCUCCUGGUGGUCUGGCAGUGCUGAAUCCAAAGUUGACUAUUGUGAGAAAGGUAAAUACCUGUGUAAAUGUCACAAGGUCCUUCGGUGAUUCUCCAACAAAAUUUUGUGCCAUAGUUGCUUAUUCGCGCUCAAUGUCUGGGUAUAGCAUUCAUCAACCACCAGUAACACAACAUUGAAUGGGAUGGGGUCUUCAGAAACUGCAGAUGAUGACUUGCCAAGUGUGAUGACAUGUGCCAAUUACUUGAAGCUUCCUCCCUAUUCUACCAAGGAAAUCAUGUGCAAGAAACUGCUUUAUGCAAUCAGUGAAGGGCAGGGAUCUUUUGAUUUGUCAUGAGUCUUCAAGCUAACCAUUUGACCUGUGUAUAUUAUAUCAGAACACUUCUGUGUUCACGUCUUAACUGGGCUGUCUGUUGUUGGAAGUAGCCUUGGCAUUGCUUAAUAAAGGCCUUCUUACUCUGCCAUUUUAACCACCGGCAUUGUUAAGUUGAACGUGGGAAUCGCGUUGAAGUUGAAUUCAGCAUCACUUGUUCAGAAAGCUUUUGGAAGAAGAGAUUGUAUGGCUCUUUCUGCUGCUGGUGCUCUUGUAAAUAAGUUGGAAUUUGCUAUUCUUUUAUAUUAUUUUUUUUUUGGCAUUAUGGAGUAACAUUUUUAUUUAAUUUCAGCUUGGGCUGGCUGAGAAUAUACAUGUAUGAGCAUGUAUUUUAUGCCUCUGCUGUUUCCCUCAUAAAAUUUUGCUGAUGAUGUUACUUUAGAUUUUUGUCAAUGGAUUAAGUGUACAUAGGUAAAACCUCCAGGUCGAAUGUCUCUGGAAAUUGAUGGUUGAGGGAAUCUCUUCAAUUUUUGAUUUGACAUUGAAAGAAAGGAAUCUGUAGAAAUUUUCUCUGAGACCCUGAUACUUAUUAUUGGGACACUACUGACCAAAGAUAUGUUAUGAUCUCUCUCUCGUGAAUAUUGUUUCUG